CUUCCAAACUGGGGGCAGAAGAGAGAGAGAGAGAGAGAGAGAGAGAGGGUGACACCUCGGCUUGUUUUCCACUGAGAACUUUCCCAAAGCUCACGCAGGAUCAUUUCAAGUCGUUUGUGGAUCCCUCGGAAGGAGUCCGUCGACGCCGACGCACAGUGGAUCUGCAGCUGCCGUCACGCUACGUGGCGCGGGAGAGAUACAGUGGACUGAAGUUGGAUGCCCGUGUUUUUCAAGAAUGGGCACGCUUGCUCAGAGGACGUGGGGCACUUUGAAAUGUGUGCUUUACCUCCAAGUCGUGCUGUGCGUGCUCUACUUCAGCUCUCCAUCCUUGAGAAUUUUAAUAAACCUCAUACCUAUGGAAAAAUGCACCCUGGAGAGUGCAAUGGCUCUGAAUCUGGACAACAGUGUGGACGCUGGUCUCGCCCUCAUGUCCAGAAGUGAUGUGCAAACAUGCACAUAUUGGAGAGCUCCCAUCAUCUGGGAGGGGAUGUUUGAUGCCCAGCUGUACGACCAGAUGCACAAGGAGGGAGGCUCCUCUGUGGCUCUGACGGUGUUCGCAGUGGGCAGGUACCUGGACGCUUACCUCCCCAAAUUCCUGAACUCGGCGGAAAGUCACUUCAUGCUGGGCUUGCCCGUGACAUAUUACGUAUUUACAGACGUGCCAGAGAAGGUGCCGAGCCUCAAGCUUCCUCCUCUGCGAAGCCUCAGGGUGAUCAAAGUGGAGAAGCACUCCAGGUGGCAGGACAUCUCUAUGAUGAGAAUGAAGACCAUAUCGGAUGCCAUCGAGUCGGACAUUCGCCAUCGGUGCACGCACGUCUUCUGCUUCGACGUGGAUCAGGUGUUCACCGGGCGAUUCGGCUCGGAGGCCCUGGGAGAUUCCGUGGCUCUGCUCCACGCCUACUACUACCGCCUCCCGAAGAUGUUGUACACCUACGACCGCAACCCAAAGUCCAAGGCGUACAUGAAAACCGGGGACUUCUACUACCACGCCGCCGUCUUCGGAGGCUUGUGUGACCGCGUGAAGGCGCUGGCCGACGCCUGCUACCAGGGCAUCGUGGAGGAUAAACAGAAUGAUGUGGAGGCGUUGUGGCACGACGAGAGUCACCUCAACAAGUACCUGUGGCUCCACAAGCCGAGCAGGGUGCUCUCCCCCGAGUACUGCUGGGACCCGGUAAUCGGCGCCAACGGCGACAUACGAGUCAGCCGGCUCUUGUGGGCGCCAAAACUGUACGGGCAACUCCGCGUUCCUUAGUGUGUUUUUGUGACAUUAACAAACAGAAGCUGGUGUUUUCCCUAACGGUGUGAACACGAUCUGAUGACCCCUACUUUGUGGCGCUUAUAUUCUCAUGGGGUGAGUCAGCACAUCUGCGGGUGUGGAUUAUUUGCUGUUUUUUCUAGGUCUUGGCUAAGUCUGUGCUUGCAGCCAGUGUAUUUGCACCAUGCUAGUGUUGAAUCCAAAUAUAUUUGAUAUGAAAGCGUUUUGAAAAUGAUCAUGUGGUUACAAAGCAGCUUGCAAUGUUUUUUUGUUGUUUUGGGGGUUUUUUUGGCUCUUCAAGAAGUGACGUUUGUACAUCAAAAAAUAAGACAAGAUAUGAUGAUCUCAAUGUUUGACUUCCUGCAUUGAUUGAUUCAAGCUACAUUUAUGUGUGUCCCUUUAUCAGAUUCCUCUCGUAAGACAGACAAAAUGUAAUACUAAUACCAAUACUUCUCUCGUAAGAUAGACAAAAUUUAAUACUAAUACCAAUACUUACAUUUACCUCAUCACUACGGUCAAAGACACUUGCUGCUUUUGUUUCUCGCACACAAGGUGCGACUGGUUGGCAGAGUCUGAUUCCUAGAAAAGAUGGUAGCACUUUGUGUUUUUUAUUUCACAUGGAGAACACGAUCCAGGGCAAGUUUCAUUUCCCCCAUUCACUCAUUUUGAACGCUGCAGAAUUUGAGUAGAAGUCAGUGCACUGGGAAAUGCUGUAUUGACAAACGCACUAAACUAACUAAAGGAUAGUUUCCUCCUGUAGUGCACAUUUAUUAGAAUGCUCACUGAAGCUUCUCCUUGGUCUUCCGGCUCAUUUGCAUCAUGGCGAACUCGACACCAGCAGCCUGGCUACUGUCCAAUGCAGAAAACAACCACUAUCUGAACAAAUAACCAAGUUGAAUGUCUGGUAGAAUAUAUAACCAGGCUGUUUGUAUCGCCUACUGGUCUACUAGAAAGAAGGCAAACUGCACCUUUGUUAUCUCCAUGGACUGGACGUGUCCGUCCGAGGUUGUUGACUCUUCUUUUAUCUCUUUUUUAUCACUCUCCUCCUUCACCUGCUUUUGUUCCCCCGUCAACAGGAUCAUUUUUUCUCCUGUUACGGUGAAUUGUUUUUGUGAAUUCGACUGUGUCACCCUCUGCCAUUUCCAUCACUGGGGAUAAAUACUGGGGGAACUUGACCCUACUCUCUUCCUCGUUUCGGUUACACAAUGGGCUGAUGCAGUUCCUUUGUGCCGGAAAAAAACAAAAAAAAACAAAGCCAAUAUCAUGGUGGAUAGUGUCAUUUUUUUCCUGCCAUUACUCUGUACAACCAAUCCUUGAACAUCGUGACAAGUUUAGGCCCAAACUUGUCAAUUACUGCUUUUAACUGAUUUGUAAAUAGAAAAAAAUCAAUUUGUGAUGUUGAUACUUUUUGAGUUCAAAUGCGAUUCCUUUUUUUUUCUCUCUUUCAUAAUCCAACAGGAGACGGUGCAUUUGUGUAGCAUGCGCUGUAACCGGGGCACUUCACAAUUUCUCACCGUAACCUCACUUCGUGAGCAGCUUGAAACACAUUUUACAUCUGCAUGGACUGCUUUUUUUUAAUUAUUUUUUUAAAGAUUCACGAUAUAUGUGUUGAAAAUCAUGUACAUGUACCAAAUCACCUUGUUGAAAAACAUGUUAAGGAAAAACAUGAUUGACUUCAUCAAAGAACAAGUACAAACAUUAACAAUGAUAACACUUAAUAAUACAGAACACUUUAAACAAACACGUCCCCUCACUGUUAGUGAGGUCAGUCAUCGCUGAAAGUUGUUUUUUUGUUUGUGCAAAAAAGUUUCACAUUUGCCUGGCCGCAUUUCAGAGAAUCUGGUAAAGCAACAGCACUCCAAAAGGAAUUGGUUGUCUUUUUAAAAAAAUCAUUUGAAUAGCUGGAAAUUAAGCCACAUCAAGAUAGGUUGUGCAGUAGCAGUGUUUCAAACGUGUUUGUGUAUGUGUAAGUGUAACUGAGCCCUUGUCAAGUCUUGUAAAUUUGACCUCAGUAUAUUCGUGAUACUUUGGAUGUAAACAAGUGUGGAACUGACAAGUCACUACCGAAACAUGCAACUGAUUUACCUGCGAGCACCAAUUCAGAAUGGAUUGCCUGGUUUUACGGACUUUCAUUGAUUGGAAAUGUGGUGAGAUGUAGCAGCCGGUCUGGUGCAGACUCCUUCCCUCCUGAAAUGAUUGUGUCUAACUGACGAAUGGGCCGACUGUUUGACUUGUAAAUGAACUGCAUUCAUCGCGCGCCUAUAUUGAAUGACCACCACUUCAGAUGACUGUUCACUACUGUGAGUAUGAAACGUUUGGCCAGUCAUGUCCCUGGCUGUGAGAAAGAGAGGAAGGUUUAUUGUAUGUGUUUUGAGGCAGCACAACGGCCUACAGGUACAAAAUGUGGGACAGACGAGGUACUUUCUGACUGACCAGCGGGUCAGAGUCGAGGAUUAGACGUGGACAAGGCCCUUGGUCAACAAACUCAGUAGAAACCGCCCUAUAUCGUGCUGGGCUGAACGAAGGAGAGAAUGAUCCCGGAGCUCAACCUGUAUUGCAAGCUCUGCCUGUGUUCAAGGGUUGUUUGUCAUACGGUGAAUAAAUCCAACCAUUAGCGAAGAGUC